CAGCCAUUACGCAAGAGAAUCGCAUCAUACACAGAUGUCUAUAUAUUAUAUUUAUAUUUUACGUGUAUAGCUGAGGAGUGCAUGAAGAGUGAAAAUCGUAUCAGAUCACUGCGCAGUCCAGUCCGUUCGUCUGCAAGUACACGAGCUGUUGAAAAAAAAACACAAAGGACAAUAAAAAAUAAUCAUGAAGUGUUUAAUAUUCGUGGUAGCUUUGGUGACUUUCGCUACGGUUUCGGCCGACAGGAUCAAGCGCGCUCCUUUAAAAGUUUCGGUUUACUAUGAAUCUCAUUGUCCGGACAGCAGAGAUUUUAUUAUGGCACAACUUCAUCCAUACUUCUGUAAAGUACAACAAUAUUUGAACUUGAACUUGGUGCCCUUCGGUAAAGCAUAUAGUUCAGAUCAAGGUUUCAUUUGCCAGCACGGACCUAAAGAAUGCCGUGGUAAUACAAUACAUAACUGUGUGUUGAAACGCAUACAAGAUUCUAAAGCUCAAGUAGAGUACGUGAAUUGUGCCAUGUACGAUCCGGACCAACCAGGACACAUUGAGAAAACGUGUGUCGAAGGAAGUGGCUUGAACGUUGACCAAGUGCAAAAAUGUUUUACUUCGUCGGAGGGCUAUGAAAUGAUGCUCAAGGCUGAGAAAGAAACCAAAGCCAUGACACCUGGGCCAUUGUUUGUGCCUACUAUAGUGUUUGACGAUGAAUACAAUGACGAUGAUCAAAACCAAGCGUUUGUGAAUUUCGAAUCGACGCUUUGCGAAAAACUAGUUAGCCGUGGACAUACAGACGUGUGCUCAAACGGUGCAAUCAUAAACCCUCAAACAUGUUGAACGAUUUAUCCACCAUACCUAAUAAUAAUGAUCAUAUCAAUAAUGCUUUUGUUAUUAUUCAUUAUAUUAUCCUUAUUAUUAUAUAGA